GCCAUAGUUAAAAAUCCGACACCAACGGCUAAAAUUCAGUAGCGCAUACUCAGGAAACUACUGUAUCUCUAUGUGGCCUAUAGAGAUGUUUUGAUCUUACGUUUAUUUGACCCAACGCAAUGUCCCCAACAACUGUGUCGGGCCAGCUAAUCUCUAGCUUAUUAACAGUAAUCAUUACUACAUCACCGACACCUUCUGCACCAUCUACGGAACUCAUAUCGGCCAUCUUAUCAUCUUUUCGCAACCAUUGCGCAACAUUGCUAUCCUGCCGAGUGAUAGUUGUUUUUGAUACUUACGAUCGUAUUGCAUCUCAUGCAAGGUUGAAGAAAGGACAAGUUACUCCAGAAGGGGCCAAAACCUUUGAUAUAUAUAAGCAAAAAGUCAGGGAGCUGAUUCUAGAGGAAUUCGUUCACGAUGAUAAGGAACGAAAACUCGACUACGGCCAAGGUAAGGCUGAAUUUGGUUAUAGCGGCGUCGAGGCAAACUUCGUCCCUUUUUCAAUAGCUCAGACAGCCGAUAAACGAGUUACGUGUAUAGAGCCCUCGAAACGCUUGGGGUUUGGGUUGGCUAUACGAUCCGCUUUGAGGCUGACCGAGACCCCCUUUAUCUGGGUGCAACAACAUGACUGGCCACUCGUCUCGGAUGUUCCGUUAGAGUCACUACUCAAUGUCAUGUGGGCGACUGAAGAUGAUGAGAGUGCACCAGUCAAGUACAUUUGUUUUCCAUCCGUACGCCUUCUUUCCUAUGCGGACUCGGCUCACGUCGCAAGAUUUCCUGAGUUAAAGGGGCUUACUUCGUCUCUCAAGCGUGACUUCAUAACGGAAUCCGGAGUAAGCGUCCCUUUAACUCCGAUGUUCUUCUGGCACGACAAGCCACAUCUAGUAUCUACUCAGCACUACCUAUCUCGCAUCUUCCCAACAAGGCUUUCCAUCCCCCGAGGCGCAUUCAUCGAGGAUACUGUCGGCCAGCGGGCGAGAAACCAGAUGAAGCAAGGUGAUUGGAGUAAGUGGGCUACUUGGCUUUACUACCCCGAGGACGGGAAAAGAUUGUGUUUGAGACACCUUCAGGGACGCACAUGGGAAGGCUCAGAAAAGGAGUCGGAAAAGAAAGCACUGUGGAGGGAUCGGAACGCAAAGCAAAGCACGAAUCCAGUUGAUCAAUAGACGAUUCUACGCUUACGAUAUUUCAACGGCUCUACUCGUCCUUAAAAUGGGUUGUUCCUGUACACAGUUGGUCAACUCUUGGACGGAUAU